GCCCUAGAUUCCCUCUCAAUAUCAUUUUUUACGUCAAUCUUCUUCUUCUUCUUCCUCUUCCUCACUGUUUGAAUGUUGAUUAAGAAGCCUCAACUGGAUCCAUCAAUUUCUGAAGCCGCUCAACUAACAAAGAAGCUCCAGUUUCUGGUGUUUUUCGCCGCUGGAUUCCCCUUCUUCUACUUCACUCAUUGUCUCAAAUCUCCACUCUAGCAGCAGGGUUGAGUUCCCGCUCGCUUUUCUUAGUUUGAUUCCUGAUUUUGGUUUUUACAAAUGGUUUUCUUCACUCUGCUUGGAUUUCAGAUUUUUCUUCCUCCUUUGUGCCCUUGAUCUAUACAAUUUUUUUUUUUAUUAAAAAAAGAAAUUAAUAGGUUGAUUCCUCUUAUCCCUCUAACUGCAUUUUGUUGGUGUUUUCUGUUUCGAUUUCUUUGGACUUUCCCUUCCAACAUUCCGGAUGCUUUGGUUCCCCCAUCCCUGUCUACUACUCAAAAGGAUUGAUAUGCCAAACAAAUAUGUCAUUCAAAAGCUUUUUUCGCGAGCUAAGGGAAAUGAAAAAUGGGAUUAGAAUCAGACCGAAGCGAGGGGGAGAAGGGAGGAAUUGGCGAAGUCGUACAAGGUCACAUAUUGCACCUGAUGAAGUGCCUCCUCAACCUGAAGUUAUACAACAAGGGCAGUGGGCAAAUUUGCCUCCUGAGUUGCUUUUGGACAUAAUUCGAAGAGUUGAAGAGAGUGAAACCUCGUGGCCUGCUAGGACUGUUGUUCUUUUUUGUGCUUCAGUUUGCAAGUCAUGGAGAAAAAUUACACUGGAAAUUGUUAAAACUCCUGAGCAGUGUGGGAGGCUCACGUUUCCCAUUUCGCUUAAACAGCCGGGACCUCGAGACUCUCCAAUUCAAUGCUAUGUUAGAAGGCACAGAGCAACUUCAACCUAUCUUCUAUACUCCGGAUUGGUGCCUUCGGAGAAUGAAGGUGAUAAACUCUUAUUAGCAGCCAAGAGAAUAAGAAGGGCUACGGGUACAGAUUUUGUUGUAUCUUUGGUAGCUGAUGAUUUUUCUAGGGCCUGCAGUACCUAUGUGGGUAAAUUAAGGUCCAAUUUUUUUGGCUCAAGAUUCAUCAUGUAUGAUAGUCAACCACCAGUUCUCACUGCAGGACAACAGAGCAAUCAAUCAAAUCGUAGGUUUCAUGCCAAGCAAGUCUCUCCAACAAUGUCAGCUUGCAACUACUCUAUAGGGUCAAUCUCUUAUGAGCUUAAUAUUCUACGAACUAGAGGACCACGAAGAAUGCGUUGUGUAAUGCAGUCAAUCCCUGCAUCAUGCAUUCAACAGGGAGGAAAUGCACCAACACCAACCUCAUUCUCGUCCUGCCUCAACGACCAUCACCACCACCUACCUUUACCGACUUCUAAUGGAAAGGAGUCAGACAUAGAUUUCAGUUCCACAAGUAUCACUGAGACACCAGUUCAAGAAUUGGGAGAAUCUUUGGUUCUCAAGAACAAGGCUCCUAGAUGGCAUGAACAGCUCCAAUGCUGGUGCUUGAACUUCAGAGGGCGUGUGACAGUGGCUUCUGUAAAAAAUUUCCAACUCGUGGCCGAUGUCGAUCCAGCCCUCGAUGUGUCAGUUGAAGAACAAGAGAAGAUAAUAUUGCAGUUUGGAAAAAUCGGAAAGGACAUCUUCACAAUGGAUUAUCGCUAUCCGCUCUCCGCUUUCCAAGCCUUUGCAAUCUGCUUAAGCAGCUUUGACACCAAACCAGCCUGUGAAUAGUAAUACAUCCAAUUCUCAGUGAUUCAGAAAGUUAAAAGAGUUCAGGCCAUGAACUUGAUUUGUUUCUUACAAAACUCCGCCUCUUUACUUUUGAAACCUUCUCAACUGGAAGGUAAAGCAUUGCACAGCCAUUCCACAGUCCGGGGUUAUGGAGCUGAACUUUGAUGUAUGUGUUUCUCACAUCUGAUGAUCUGAGAUUGUUUUAUAUUUUCACCAUUUCCUUGUUAAUGGAAACUUCACUUCUUCAUCUAUAUCAAUCCAUUUUAUUCUAUAGUCAUUCACCA